AGCCACAGGCCCUGCCUGCUGCCAGCAGGGAUUGUGUCACCCAGCACAGGAGCAGCUCCAUCCUUCCCACACCCGAGCUCCUCCAGGAGCUCACAGGGGCUGGUCCCGGUGCUGGGCAGCUGCAGCCCCGUGUGCUGCCCUGGCUGGUGCCCAGCAGCAGCUGCUUCUCCCUCACUGCCAUCCCAAAGGAGGCUGCUGGGGGCUGCUGCCUGUGCAGCCUCUGCAGGAGCUCAGCUUUCCUGGCUGCUGUGGGUAAUGGUGUUGGCCAAGAGCUCUUGGGACAGGGCUGGGGUAAUGGCUGGUGCUUCCCUUCACACUCAGCCUUGAGCCAGCCUGAGGAAAGGGGUGCCCAGAGUUCCCAGCUGCUUGGCCUGAGUGGGCACACCUGGGGAGUGCAAUGGAAUUUGUGUUCUGCCAUCCUUCUCUGCCCCACAGCUGAUUCCCAGCCCCACUCCCUGCCCCCAGGUCGGUAUUGCUGGGUCAGAUGCUUUGGCCAAAAGGAACAUCCACGCUGUGUCCUGGCCCGGGCAGUGGCCAGGAGCAUCCAGGAUCCCUGGUGUCACACUGACCCUUCCUCCCUGCCGAGGGACAGCUGCAGCGUGGCCACACCGCCCCUGCACUCACAGUCUGUGGGUUUCACUUCCCCUCCAGCCAGGCUGACUAAACUGGUGUGAGCCUGGCUAAGUGUGAGCUGUCACCCCGGGGCGGUGCCUCCGGCCCUGCGCUGGCCCCGGCUCCCCCGCAGCCACGGCUCUGUCACUCAGGGAAGGAACCCCAAUGCCAGCAGCAAGACCCCACGGUGGCACGGGUGGCCCAGCCCUGCCCGGGGCCGGAGAAGGUGGGUGGCAGCUCCAGGCUGGAGGUGGCUGAGGACACAGGGCUCCGGGGGGCUCUGCUGUGCCAGCGCUUCCUGCCCGUGCUCCCAGCGCCCUCCAGUCCCACCCUCACCCAAAGCCUCUCGCCCAGCCAAAACCAGUGCUGCCAUCCCAGCACAGGGAGUCCCGUGAGCCUGGCCCUGGUGCCCAUCCAGCCCACGAAGGGCACGAGGUGGGUUCAGGGAGCAGGAGCCCCCCGUGGGGCACAGGGGCGCGGCGUGGACCAGCACUGAGGUGCGCUCUGCUUCAACUUCCUUCCCGGCGUGGAGCCGAUUUCCUCCGGCAUCACGUGCACGGUGUGGGGCCGGGGCAGCCUGGCACGGCACAGCCUGGCACGGCACGGCACCGCUCGGCCCCGGGGCAGCCCCGCAGCGGCAGGCAGGAGGGUGCAGCACACGGGAUCACCCCCAGGUGAGCGCCCUUGUGUGAUCGUGCUCCAGGGCUGGGCCGUGCCCUGGGCCCGGGGGAGCUGCCGGCAAGGGAGGGCAGGAUGCUGGGCACUUCUGGGCAUUUCUGGGCACCAUCACCCUGUGCCACCCGAGCCGAGGAGCACUGGGGCCUUGGACUGGGGUGUUCUCAUCCCUGCAGCCCUCAGUGCUUCAGCCGUACUUUGGGUGGGUAAUACCAGCACCAUUUCUGGUGUCUGCAAGGCCUCUCUGACAAGGGCUGUGCUGGUGGCAGCAGCAGGGACCAGGCAGCAGCAGGGCUGCUGGCCCACCAUGGGGUCAACGUGGCCCUCCCCAGGGACAGCAUGGCCAACCGUGGUGACAGGGGGGCCUGCCCUGACAACAGGGUGGUCCAUGGGCACUUGCCCAUGGCCUGAUAUCCUGUGUCCCACACGCCAGUGGGCUUGUCCUGCUGUGACCCCAGGGUUCAGCAGUUCAGGGAUGCUGCUGAGCCGGGGAUGGUGGCAGGGUGACACCCUGCCCGUGCCGCAGAGCUCACAGCAGCUCUGCCUGCUCCGCCUCACAGAGGAAGCCCGACCACAGCGGGGCUGGGGGAGGCUGGGAGAGGCUGGAACAAGGCUCCCUCCCCAACCUGACGAGCCCCUUUGCCCCCCAGCAGCUGCAACCAGAGAGAAGAACGAGGAGGGCGAGGACAGGAGUCUCCCGGAGCUCCCAGCACCGGCGAGGAUGGAGCCCACCAAGCUCCCACUCACCAAGAGGAUGGCUCCUGCUCCCCCCAUUCCUGCCAAGACCAAACCAGCCCCUGUGCUGGCUUCCAAGCCCAGUGACCCCAGCGCCUCAGCUGACAUGGAGUGGGGCAGAGCUGGUGACCCAGAUGCCAAUGGCUUCAACACGGUGUCAGUAACCACAGCCAGGCUGAGCCACCCCACAGCCACACGGCCACGAGUCCCAGGCCAGCGGCCACCCAGCCUGGCCCUGGGGAGCACGGGGGGUCCCCAUGGAGGGGAGCAGCCCCAGGGGCUGCCCCGUGCUGCCCUCUGUGCCCCUGUCCCCAGCACGGGGCAGGCGCCUGUCCCGCCGUGGAGCACAGAGGGGCUGGAGGGGAGGGCACUGGCCCUGGAGGACCUGAAGGCUGAGGUCCGCACCCUGCACAUCCUUGUGGACCUGAUGCGAGUCCAGCACCUGCGGGACCUGCAGGACCUGCGGCAGGAGCUGUGCCAGGAGCAGGCUCAGCGCCAGGCGCUGCAGGUGAGUCCCUGCCAGGGGUUGCCUUGCCCGGGGUCCCCUGUGCCCCCCGACAAUCACAGCCUCUCCCCACAGGCGGAGAUCGAGCGAGUGUGGAAGGGGCUGCCCUGUUAGCACGGGGGGGCAGGUGGGUGGCACAUGGUUCC